CUCCAACCCAGCGUUAGUGAAUAUUGGAAUGUGGUUACCUGAAGGAAAGGGAGAGUUGUGAGAAUGAAGAAAGCAUUGGGCGGAACUUCCUGCCAACUCAGCAGGCAAUCCUUAUUCGUCAUCUUACCCCAAGUCGGAUUCGGGACAUAAAUGUGCUUAUGCCCGUGCUUUCUCAUGAGCUCCCCAAAUACACGAAGUCCACCGGUUCCAGACAAGGCUUGAGUUCCUUGGACACGAUUUUCUAGAAUUGGGGCAGAAUCGUCUCCGUAGACAAACUUUAGAGCUAGGUCCACAAAUUUCGGUUCCCCGGCCUAGAAACAAUAUCGAACAUCCAAAUGUUUCCAAUAAAAGAAUUUGAGCUCUGCGAAACGGCGUUUCAAAAUGCAAUUCUCACUAACACACAAAAAAUACUUACAAUACCAGUGUAUUCCAUGUCCAUUUUAUUUUCCAUCAUAAUUUUUUCUGCCUCUCUAACACACGGGAGUACGUAUGGUUUUCCAGCCUGAGACGAACAAAAUGUGAGCUUGAACUUGAAGCCGACUUGGAAGGUUUAUUAAUAGCAACCCAAAAAAUCAGACUUACAUCGUCUCGGUAAGCACCGACACCAACAAUCACCUUCUGUGGAAAAUCAUCUUUCUGGAAAAUUUCAUUCAAACCGACAAUUGGAUCCACCGGGGCCAUCUCAAAGUCAGCCCAUGGACUCGUGGAAAGGUGCCUUGAAUUCGAAUUGGAACAAGCCUUGAUCGCAAAACCGAAACUUGAACGAUUGCUCCUAAACAAUUUGGCUGGAGCCUGAGCUAGUGCUCUUCUUGAAAGAGUUCGAAUCAUCAUGUUGCGUGAACAGCUACUCAAAAAGUAUGAAUGGGAUGGGCUUUGUAUCGCUUACAAUUCUUCGCUUUUUUCUGCCUAUCGCUGCUAAUGAGUAUUGGGAGAAAGGGAUGAACGAUGAUGUCCCUGAUCGGUUUAUGUUUUUUUACUGUCGUCGUCAAACUGCAGCAUCAAGAAGGCUAGAAAAGUAAGGUUGAAAGAUCUUUACGAAUGAAUUCUAAACUUGUAACUUGUAAAUUGUAACUGCAGAAUUUUGUGAUUUGAUUGGCUGUUCGGUAGUGGGAUUGAAUACAUUCGUGACACAAUUUCAAAGAGGAAUCCGUACGUACGGUAACAGCCUCGGUAUCGUACGGGUUUUUUUCGUGAAUAAUGCUAAUGAUCAGGCUAUGAGUACAAUAAAAAACGUGCCAGUUUUCAACACCUGGAACUAUCUUGCAAGCUUCCUUUUGCUACCAAGAGGGCACAAUACGAAUUGGAGAAGCUGUUAGUCAGAAAGGGUUUUCUUUCUUCUCACUGUUCAUGUGUAUAUGGCAGGCUUUUAUGCUGGGGAACCUUUUCCAGCUUGUUGAUUUCUCUGCACACGAAAAUUACGACGAAACAACAAAUAUGUGAUGUUCUGAGUACCAGGAAUAGAUCCAGCACAGUUCCUUCUGAUAAACUGGAGAUAUAACAAACAAAACAAGUAGGCCCAUUGCCAUAUUUUGAGUUCAUAUGAUUAGUAGCCUAAUUUGGCGAGCAGUUGGUCUGUUGAGGUGCAAAGUGUCAGUUGUGGGACCAGAAUGGUGUGUUGAGUGGUCAAAGCAAGUAGUAGUCAUUACACAGUAAAAAGAUAACCCAUUAUCUAUGCACACUAUUUAUUAACCAUAUAACUCUUUUAGUCUUGAACAACAACAGCAACAGUUGUUGUUGGGUCUGUACAGAAUGGGCGCACUAUUGCAACAGUUUCCUGUAGUAUGACUUGCUGCUGAAGGGCCCCUUGGUUCAAGGAAGGCUGGGACUCCAUGCACUGUGAAGAGUGUAAUUCUUUUUGUUUGUUUGUUGAAUGAGGAAGAGGCCUCCAUUAAAGCCUUGCAGCAACAAGUACAGAGGUGUAUGGAGCAGAUGAUCAAAGGCUCCCCUAACUAUGUUGCUUGUGAGUCUUCAACCACAAAUCCUGUUUUGCAAGAUAUAUCAGAUUUGACCUCACAGAGUCUUGCUGCUGUUGUGGUUGCUACAACCACAACAAGCAACACCAAGAAAAGCUGCUGCUGUCUCUGAAUCAGCCAGAAGUAUGGUUCCAGUUCUACUGGACAAUCCCCCUGACACCCCCAAACAAGCAUAUGGUGUUAAGAUAGUCAAUGAUGAUCUUGAGUAGCUUGCAAAAGACAAAGCCUACCUUGCAGCAGCAAAGAGGCUUCAAUAUGAACAAGACAGUAUGCCACAAAAGCAACAUGCUUCUGUUGCUAGCAUUUUUGCACAAGUAAAUUCACUGUACAAAACAAUACUGAAGGCUGAAACAAUAUGCCAUUGCAUUAGGGACAGUAUUUGGGAUACACCACCAAAGCAAGGUAGGAAAAACUCUGAGCCUAUUGUGCAAGUUCUGUUUUAUAGCAUUUCUUCAUUUGUUGCUCUUGUGUGCAAAGAAAAACAACAGAUACCUCAUAGGGAAAAACUUAUCUCAAAGCUGCGGCAGUGUUUGCUACCAUGUCCUUGUUUGGUCAAUGACUUUGACACUCUAUUUUGUACAUCUUCUUAUUAUCAGAAAGGGGAAUACCAAGGUAGAAGAGGGGUGUCUUCAGUGGUGGACUAUAUUUAAAAACAUAAACACAUGGUUUACCACACUCAAAGACAAGCUUGUUUGUGAAGGUUUUGCAAGAAUAAAGCAUGCAGAGGAACUUGUUGAAGGACGAGGGCUUUUUUUUUCUGGACAACUCAACUGAAUUUUUAAUUUGGAUGAAUUGGGUUGAAUGCUUGAUGGUAAUGCAAGUCAAGUAGAGGGGCAGCCAUCUACAGCAUAUGGAUCUGCAGAUAAAGCAAUCAUUGGUUGUGGUGCAGAUUGUACCAACAAGAGUAGGUCCAGAAUUAAGCUGGUUGGUGCUAGUACUACUGCUCUCUAUCGAGUCCCUCCCCAUAUCCAACUGAAAUCAACUGGAACAAAACAAGAAAACAAGCAAAUUCAGGAGACAUUUGUUAAUAGAUUUCAAAACACAAAAGGCAUAUAGAUGAGGAAAUUGUGUGACAAGUGCAAUGAAACUGCUGGAAUGGAUGCAAUGUAGGUCAAAAAAUAUGUACUCAAUGCAAUUGUUCAACUUUACCCUGCUGAUGCACGUGAUCUUCCAGCCAAAUGAGUCAUGUUAAUUUUUGACAUUGGCCCUUGGCAAAACAAGAAAGAUUUGCUAGCAACUCUUGAGGGUUUUGGCUUUCUGCUCCACCCUGGAGUGCCCAAUAGUACUCACAUAAUACAACCUACUACAGACCACAAUUAUGGAUACUUCAAAACACUGUACCAAAAGAACUUGGAGAAGCUGGCACACAACCAAUGCAAGCAUGAUGAUACCUUAUGACAGUCAGAUUAUCCACUGUUUAUUAAAGGCAAGCUGGAUAGAUGGAACAAGGAUGUUGUAUUGGAGUAUGUGUUUGAAAAGUCAUUUUCUGUUGAGAGAUGAAAAGAUGCAUGGCACACAAUUGGGAUUGCGCCUUUCACACAGAUAUGUCUGUGUGAUGAGAAUGUUGCCCACAAACUGAUUGUAUUGCCAGAUGGUUUAAUUGAUUUGGCAAGAACAGACCCAAACACAUCACAACUGGUUAAGCAUUAAAAAAAAUCAUGCAGCAAUGAAGAUGUUGAAUGAUGCAGGAUCCAACAGUGAAGUUUUGUGCAAGAAGAAUGCACCAAGGAAGAGUGCAAAGAAGUCAAUGGAGACAGUGACCAAACCAAACACCAGAGCUUGUCAAGACGCCAUUGCAGGAGGGGUGAAAUAGUUUAGACAGCACUUUCUCAGAAUUGGCAGAGGAAAGAAGCAUGCAAUUGGAUGAGAUUGAACACUUCUUUAAAGCAAAGAAGAAGGCUACAAAAGCAGCAGAAGCUUUGAGUAGUAAAGCUCUUAGUUUGAUUGAGGAUUUUGCUUCAAGAAGGGGAAAAGAUGUUAAGAAGGCAGAUGAUGACAAGUCCCUUCCAGUUGCUACACUGAAGAUAUUGUUCCAGUGGAAGCAGCAAACAAAAAAAUUCCUACCAAGAAAGAAAAGCUCUUGGAUAUGUGGAUGCAAGUGAACAAUAGGAAUAUGUACCAAGUAAUUUCCCAAUUUUGCAAGCAGCCUGGACAAAAUCUAUGAUGUUGCUGUGGUGCAACUCAAUUUAGUAGUCCCUUCUAAACACAUCUUUAGAUGUGUUUCCAGACUAGUAGUAUUACUGUCAGCAAAGCACACMUGAUUUGAACCAGAGUUAGUUACAAAAACAAUCUUUGUGUCCUCUGAAAAGUGGUUUGAGAAGCAGGUAAAGACUGGGUUGGCUGAAGCAGAUGGUGGGACUUGUGAUGACUAGUAAAGGUCUGAAAAACAAGACCUUUAUUUGCCAAUAGAUAGUAAGUUAUUUGAUGUUACAUGCCUUGUGCAUUAAAUUGGAAACACAUACUAGAAGUAGUGCUACUUCUUGGUUAAUAAGUAGUACUAGUGAUUGUUUAAGAUUCAAAUUUGAUUUUGUAGCAAAGGAAAGAUACUGCUUUACUAAACUUUAUCACAGCUUUGUAAUAAUAAUGUAGAUUUCCUAACACUAUCUUAUCGUGGGCCAAGCAAAAAAAGACGGUUAUAACCGUACAUUCGCAAUUGAAGAUAUACGUAAACUAAUAUCAGUCAAUAUGCCGUACUCCCCCACCGCAUUCGAUAUGACAAGUGCCGUUGAAGGCAUGGAUGAGCACCACAUGACAAGAAGGGAGAAAACUACUACUAGUAGUAGUACAUAUCAUAGUAAAUACCCAUAACAAAUACCCAUAACAAAUACCAAAUAAUCAAGCCAGCACUUUACAAGGUCUAUCCUUCAACUACUUCAAUCAGUCAUGGGAUCAAAAAGAAUAUCUAGUUUCAUUAGUAGCUGUACUACCAGCAUAAUCACAUGGUACUUGACACUUGUUUCAUGUGUGAUGUCAACCUACAAGCUUUGAUAAAGGACCUCACCAACUCUAAUUUGCAUCAUCACCAUCACAAUUGCAUACAAUAGAAUUUCUGGAUUGUAGUAAUGGUCUCAAAUAUAAUAGCAAAGCAAACUACUAACAAAUACUACUACUAGUAGUAGUUGAUCAACAAUACUACACAAACUACCACUACAAAAAAUCAUCAUGAAAAUCACUGCACCAUUUAUCAGAAAGCCACUAUGCAGCCUAAGAAAUAUACAGAGGACUCUCAAACACCUAAUUGAUCCCAAAAGACCAGAAUCCCCAAAACAUCAUGGUUUCUUGCUAUUUCCUCAAAAAUGAGUAAAGAGGAAGCAAAGGAAUUGUAACUUGUAUGGUGACUAGAUGUUACAAGCAACUAUUACUAAUAUCCACUCCUCCCACACUUUGAGAAUACCAAUAGAUGUGACAUUAAAACAAAGUCAGUAGGGAAAACUCUCAACAACUCUACCAAAAGCAUUAACAAGAAACAAAUCCACUUCACCAAUUAUACAAGAACGAAACCACUGGUAGGAAUGUCAAGUAAAUCAAACCUUGACAAAAUGGAGAAACCAUUGUAAGACAGCACAAAUCUUCCUUCAAGUUAUUACUAAGGAACAAAAACCUGGAUAUCAUCCAGCAACAACAUUACUUCGGAACACCCCAACAUUCAUCAAAACACUAUAUGCAAUGAAUCAAGUUCACCAUCAGACAAUUCACCUUUUGAGACAUUUGGAUGAAAAUGGAAGAGUUCAACAAAUUUCCAUAUAGUACUUCCCACCACGCAGAGCCCCUGGAAGCAAACCAAAAAAGUAGACUGCUUCUAGGAGAGCAUUUCACUACAUGAGAUGGGAAUAAGAACCACUUCAUCCUUUAACAUACUCUUAAUAUAAAUCUUGGACUUCCUCCACAAGAAUAUCAAGGAGGAAUUGAGAUUCACAUUGCUAAAACUCAACAACUUAAAAAGAAAAAUGAAACAGUAGUUAAAAUGAUACAAAUUGAAGAAAUUGAAGGGGAAGAAGGGCAACAUCUCACUAGUACUUAACAUUUUUGAGCUCUUUCUGAUUCCUGAAAGAAGAGAAAACAAAUAAUCUUAAUAUUUAUGCUUGUGAACUAUGAUAUGCACUAGACUGGGGCAGCCGUAACCAUCACUUCAUGGAGAACAAUGCUCCUAGCCACUCCAAAGAGCCACUCCAAAGGCCAUCACAUGAUGUAAGGAAAUACACCUAGAGAGAAAACAGAUUGAGAGGUAGAUUUCCAUUCUUAUUCCUGGCUUGACAGUGCACACAAAAAUGAUCAUAGUAUGGCUCUCACCAUGCAUUCAAACUGUGAACAAACACCUUCUAUGUCCCCCAAGUCUAGCCCCCUGUCUCAUUUAGCGUUUCAAUAGAAACAAUCAUGCCUCUACCAGACAUCCUCAGAGGGAGGUACCACCCCUUGUUGGAGCAACCAGGAGCAUUUUUAUCUCCCCAGUCAGGUGAAGUAAUGGUUCUGGCCCAUGCAGUGCCUCUUCUAGUACAAAGUUAUGUAUCAUUUUUAGAUUUUUAUUCCAAUUCCUGGACAAAGCAGAAGAUUAAAGAACUGUCAGCCUCUGAUUCCUGAACAAAGCAGAAGAUUAAAGAACUGCCAGACAAGGAUAAGAGAAAUUCUGGAGGGGAAGCAUUCUUUGAAGGUCUUACAUCAUUUGGAGGCAGCCUUGGGAAGCUGAUAAGAACAGAUCCAACUAGAGAAUACAAAAUGGUGUGACUUAUAGGGUCAUUGACUGCUUUCACUCCAUCAGACUGCUAAAAAAGUCUCUUGGAUGGGUAGUACUGGCAUUCUUCAUCUGCUCCAGCAAGAAAACAAGUGACAUCCCUAUCUUUAAGAACAAGAAGAACUUUCAACACCUUGACUCCAUGGGAAAUUGUCAUGUUGCCAUCCCCAGUCCAGAAACUCUGCAACCUCUUCUACUAGUGAUGCUGGGGGAGUGUCCACUUUACAAGACAUUUGCCAGGAAUUAUGAUGAACAACAUCCCCAUCCUGCAAAAUCAAGACAAAAUCAGUGCUAGCCAAGAACACCAGCAGAAGCAAAAACUUUGAUCAUUCUAAAGCAACUUGAAAUUCUGGCAACCUCAACAAGAGUAGCGUUGAAUGCAAAUUCAAAUUGAUAACCUUAGUGCUCUCCCUGGUGUUACCACAGCUAUUACCACAGGAUGCAUCAAACCAUAAGCUGAGAAGAAGUUGGAAGCAAUGAUGUGUAAAGAAAAGAACUCAAUAUUAUACAAGCAGAUCAAAUGAUCAUUGCAAUGAUCAACUUAUCCUGAGACAUCUGGACUUCUUGCUGUACACACCCACUUCCUACCAGCACCGCAAAUUAAAUGAUCUAUGUGACCACUUCCUACCAGCACUGCAAAUUAAAUGAUCUAUGUGAAAGAAUGAAGAAACACCAGGAAGAUUUAAAAUGAACCUAAUGAAAGCAUUCUGACAAACUUGAAUCAAAUUCCAUGCUUUGAAAGAAUUUCUAGAAUUAAUGGAAUGGGCUGCAUCAAAACACUUGAAACUAUACAUUGUGGACAAGAGAUAGUAAUAAUAUAAUCAUCCAUAUACUCAGAUUGCUCUAGUAUAAAAAUGAUUUAUUACAGUAGUAAGAGAUUUGUCCAAUGGAGAUACGUUGCAAAAGAAUUUUCAUCACUAAACAAAAAUACACCAUCUUCAAGUUGAGAAGAAUACAAUAAUCAUAGAUGUAUUGUCACAACAAGUGGAUGUGGUGGGAUAUUUAUGCAUACAUUGAAGUUAGAACACAGAAGGUACUGAGACUCACCAUUUAUGAUUGUGCUAGAACUUAUGAUAUUAGUCCCAACACCACUGAAUGAAAAGUAUUACCAAAAAAAUCCAAACAAUGCAAAUGGAUACAAAAGCUACAAUAAUGAAAUGGACAUUCUCAAAUUGCUUGCACAAAAAUAUGCACAUGGUACGUGGUAUCACAACAACUUGUUACACCUAUGCUGGUACGAUAGUCCAAUUCAAGCUGCAUUCUGGUAGUACUGUGUAAGUACUCAUACAUAACCAUACUCCUCCUAGUAAUUUUUACACAACUACUACCACUAGUACUAGCAGCAGCAUAGGGAAUUGAAUUUUACUUACAUAGACAACAUGACCUUACUAUUAUCGUCUGAUGACACAAAUCUAUAUUUUACCUGGGUGCAUUAGAAAUGGUCUGGCAAAGGUCAACAAAUCUAAGUCAGGCGACAGCGACCGACCUAACCCUUCUAAUACAAGGGUGCUGAUAACGACACUUGCCAUAGCAGGGUCGAUUUCCACGCCGUGUACUCUACACAAGUCUAAGACACGACGCAAGAGAGUCCCAAUCCGUACCGCCCCUAGCGUGAGCCCUUCCUUGCGACGGUCAUGGAAUUCUGAGACAAUUUCUCCGAUUCCUUGCGCAAACAUGUCAGUACCACCAGGAAUUUGACUACAUCUUUCGUAUUUUGCGCGUUCUACCAUCAGACGACCAGCUCUUUCACCAUUAUUGAAAACAACUGCUCGAAAUAAAUCAAUAAGAUUCCUUUGAUCAUUCGGGGUUAGCGAUAUGGCUAUUCCUGCAUCAAGAAAUACGAUUGAUCUCUUUGUCUCUGUGAUAUUUUUCUGGCUUUCUUCAUCUCCCUCGGUUUGUAAUAAUUCCCAAAAGUUGUUCCAUAUUGACGAUGAUGCUGUCUCUUGCGUUGUCUUGACCAAAACAUUACCCUGAAUAUUUAUUGUUCGGUUUCAAAAGCGACGAGUUAACAGACCAAGAUGAGAUUUUGAAUUGCGAGGUGUGGUAAAUUCAGAAAUUUUUGGGCAACGGGAUAGCAAAUACGUACCGGAUGCAGAUCUCCAUGAAUAAAAUUGUCAAUGAAGACCAUCUUCAAAAAUGCUCGAAGCAGUGGACCUGCUAGCUCCAUUCGUUUGCGCAUCCCUUCUUGACUCGAGUCGAGGAGAAAGUCUGUAAUUGGUACGGCAUCGUUUACAUAGUCUUCCACUAUGACAUCAGGCGCGGUCCAGCCAUCAAUAGGUUGCGGAAACGAUAUAGUUGAUUGAUCUUCGCGUUCUUUUGAAUCUUUGAAAAAAUUCGUUCGGAAUAUCCGUAGGUUUUCGGCUUCAGUGGUCAGAUCAGCUUGAUCGCGGAGCACCACACUGAAUUCUUCGACAGCCCUCGGCAAAUUGAGCAUCUUCAUGAAAUCAAAUGGAAGAGAAUGUAAUGCAUUUGCCACAAUCAUGAUGAAAUCAAGAUCGCGAUCUACCAUCUUCUGGAAGCGUGGGUGGAGUACUUUUACCGCUACGUCCCGCGUAGUGUGACGAUCUUUUGAUUCGACAGCGUCUAUUGUCGUAGUGAGCGUACCCCUAUACACUUGAGCGGCAGAUCCACAUCCUAUCACCUCUUCAAUAACCAAACCCUUUCUUUCAUAAUCUCCGAAGGCCUUAUUUAAAACUUGGUGAGUCCACUCCAAUGAGUGGGGGUAGCCAUCGUCGUGUAAAAUCGACAAUUUAUCGCACAGAGUAGGAGGAAAAAUAUCACGACGAGUUGCCGCCCACUGGCAAAAUUUGAUAGCCACAGGCCCCAAUCCUUGGAUAGCUUUGAUGGCAUAAUUCCAUGCCAGGUUUGAAAAUAGCUGGGAACCAAGAGCAUGGCUCGAAAGGAAAGCGGUUGGAGUCAAUAUCAGCAAAGGAGAUAUUCGAAGAAUCACUUCGCUCGUCCGUAUGGUGAUGAAACAAAACCUGGAAAGUUCCAUCCAUCGAUUCCGUAACCAGCGUAUUAUUUUGUCCAAGAUGGUAUCUCGUUUUUGCGAGGCUCCAUAAGAUGGGCUACUUGCAAUCAAUCUAGACGAAGGCGUUGGUUGCGAGUCGUCGUCAUCGAUCGAUGGUUUCAAAACGUGUUGUCGUAAACUCCAAUGAUGAUGCCACGGGCUGUGAAACCAAAGAAAUGAAGAUAGCCCCGUUGCCAAAGAAAUGUGAACUGUGGGAUUCGAUGACAAGAUCGAACGAGGUUUGAUAGUAUAUACUGCAUUUCGAUAGAACCUUUUGUCGAUCCGUUGAACCACUAGCUGUGCUCGUGUGGCACUCCUCAGGGCGGAGACGGAACGCCGACGAGCCCCCCUCAACAUGUUCUAGCUCUGUGUUUCAACAAAGCAUUCAGCCUGGCAAAUGUUGUCUUCUCAAGUCCUCAAUAAUAUCUACUUUAUCUCCUUGCUGAAACGUAUUAUGGACUUCCAUGAGCACAAUUAGUGUUGUUGGCGAUCUGGUUAGGCUUAUCAUUGGUCACACAACGAAUGCAUGUUUGGAAUGAUGAGAUGGUGUUUAGUUAGUGGUUCGUGUUUCUGUUCUAUUUUUCUCUUUGUGGUACAGUACAGUACCCUACUGUACGGACGGUACCGUACAGUAACUUGUCGUCGAUGGAUCAUCCCCAGAGCAAGCAUGGUACCGUACCGUUGUAUUACGUGUAUUACAUAGGAACGAUAAAGAAUCCGACUUCAAAAAGAGAGGGCGACUCGGCCGACUCAAAAAUUCAUCGAAUAAAUAAUGGACAGGAUGACAGACAUGGGUUCUCAAAAACCAACCAAAUCUACCUACGAAGUCUAUUAUUUCUUCAGUACCUGAGCACCGUACAAGGAGACAAGUUUGUAACGCUGGGAAAUUUUACAGCCCGUUUACCAGUACGGCUACGAGUACGAGUACGAGUACGGAUCAAAAUCAUACCGUAGUUCAGGCUUGUCAUCAUUACUUUGAGAUUUUGACGGUACGAUUAGGUGAAACCGAAAGAAAAGAGGUAACAACGAAGCAAGGAAUACAAGACAACCCUAGCAAUCACUAUCAGCGAUUGGAGUUAUUUCAUCAUUGCCUUCACAUUGUUAAUAGAAGAAAUAUAAACAGCACGCCACAAACAUGUCCGAUCGUCGCCGUAAAAUUGAUUUGGAAGGCAAUAAGACGAAAAGAAAAAAGGUAGAUCUAAACGUCUGGACGGGGGCACCAUAUUCACAAAAAUACUAUGAUAUUUUGGAUAAGCGUAUCAAGCUACCGGUGUAUCAGUUCAAGGACAAUUUGAUUAAGAAGGUUUUGGAGAAUCAAUCCGUUGUUGUUGAGGGAGAAACGGGUAGUGGUAAAACAACUCAAAUUCCACAAUUUCUUUUGGAGGCUGGGCUGGCCGAACAGGGAAAGACAUGCGUCGCUUGUACACAGCCUCGAAGGGUCGCCGCGACCAGUAUUGCGCAGCGUGUGGCGGACGAGAUGGACGUUGAACUUGGUAGGGAAGUUGGGUAUACCAUCCGUUUCGAAGAUGUUAGUGAUCCGCGCUCGACCGUUUUGAAAUUCUGUACCGAUGGUAUGCUUUUGAGGGAGGCGAUGCACGAUCCUCUUUUGUCCAGGUAUAGUGCCAUUGUGCUUGAUGAGUGUCAUGAACGUACCUUAGCCACAGAUGUGAUUAUGGGACUUUUGAUGGAAAUUUUGCCCAAGCGGAAGAAGGGAUCUGAACACGGGGAGCUGAAAGUUGUUAUCAUGUCUGCUACUCUGGACGCACAAAAAUUCCAGGAGUACUUUCAUGGGGCUCCUCUCAUGAAAGUACCUGGUAGAACAUUUCCUGUAGAUAUCUUUUACACCGCCAAACCGGAACGAAAUUAUGUUGAAGCUGCAGUGCGAACUACGUUGCACAUACACCAAUGCGAGGAACCAGGAGAUAUUCUAGUCUUCUUGACGGGAGAGGCAGAGAUUGAGCAGGCAUGCGAAGAAAUACGGGAGAAAGGCAGGGCAAUGGACUCAGAAUUGGUUGUUUAUCCGUUGUACUCAUCGCUUCCACCAGAGCAACAACGAAAAAUAUUCAGCGCAGCUCCUGGCCCACGCACUCCUGGAGGUAAACCCGGACGGAAGGUGGUCGUGUCAACCAAUAUAGCCGAAACCAGUUUGACUAUUGAUGGAAUUGUGUACGUCGUGGAUCCAGGCUUUUCAAAACAAAAAGUAUUCAAUCCACGUAUUCGUGUUGAGUCGCUUUUGGUGUCACCUAUAUCAAGAGCUAGUGCAAAACAACGGGCUGGUCGUGCCGGUCGUACGAGACCGGGAAAGUGUUUUCGUCUGUACACAGAGAAAAGUUUCUAUGACGAUUUACAAGAGACGACUUACCCAGAGAUUUUGCGAUCGAAAAUGAGUAGCGUUGUCCUGACACUGAAGAAACUCGGUAUUGAUGACUUAGUGCACUUUGAUUUCCUUGAUCCACCAGCACCAGAAACAUUGAUGAGAGCAUUGGAACUUUUGAACUAUUUGGGUGCACUCGAUGACGAAGGAGAAAUGACAGAAAUUGGAUACCAAAUGAGCGAAUUGCCGUUAGAUCCCCAGUUGGCGAAGCUGAUUCUUGUCAGUCCUGAUUAUGGAUGUUCUGCAGAAAUUGUUACCAUUGUUGCAUGCUUAAGUGUUCCACAAAUCUUUUUGAGGCCUCGAGAAUCAGCAAAGCAAGCAGAUGAAGCGAAGGCUCAAUUCAGUCAUCAUGAGAGUGAUCAUUUGACUCUCCUCAGAGCUUUCAAUGAAUAUGAUCAAAUACCUGAUAACGAGAAGAGACAGUGGUGCUGGGACAAUUUUAUCAGUGAGAGAUCAAUGAUUAGUGUGAUGAACGUUCGACGGCAGCUGAUUGGAAUAAUGAAACGACUGGAUAUACCACUGGUUUCUUCCGACGUGAAGGGCGACGGUUCUUUUGCUUCUGCCGAUGUCCGAAAAGCCCUUACAGCUGGAAUGUUUAUGCAAGUUGCUUUCCGACAAAGAACGGGAGACUAUCUGACAAUUAAGGACAACCAGCACGUCGCAAUCCACCCUAGCUCUGUAGUCAACAACCGACCUGAAUGGGCAAUUUUUGAAGAAUUCGCAUUGACGACGAAAAAUUAUAUUCGAACCGUAACGGUAACAAACGUCGAUUGGUUAGUUGAGUUAGCACCUCACUACUUCGAUCUUGAAAAUUUCCCCAAAUGCGAGGCCAAAGGAGAACUUGAGAAGGCAUACGUUCGUCUGGCACACAGUCGAAAGAAGCGUGGUCGGUGAAUUCUCUAGAUUGCAAGUGGAAGAAAGAGCUGAUAGGGGUGUAUUCCUUUCGUAGGAAUGAUAAAUCUCGAGCAAAACAAAAAUAGUGCUUUUCGCGAGGGAUUACAGGUAUUUAAUAUCAAGAGAUCGGCACUUAAAUUCUAUUGUAAUACUCCUGCUGCUACAACUGUCGGUGGCCCUCUGCGUUGUCUAGCCAUAGCAUGCAAAACCUCUAGACUCGAUCCAUCCAGCCUUCCAAUCACCCCUGAAUUGAUUAGAAGUGUUUCUUUCCAUUCUUUUGGGGAUUCCCCAACUCGGACAAUCGAAAAUUUUGAACUUCCGUAACCUGGUCCUACGACAGGCACCGUCAGUAGCACUCCAGGAUCAUUAUCUAUUAUAGUGUAUAAAUCUCCAUAGUAUUGGCCUCCAAAAGUUGAGUGACAACAUUCUGAUAGAGAUUUUGGAUCGGCUAUUAGUUCGUCAGCCCGUCCGAUUCCGUUUCGACCUCUACCCUUCAAUUGAUGACUCCAUCGGUAUCUACCCAUUCCAUCCUCUACAGCAACUGGUGAGUAGUCGAAUUCACAACCAACAUAAUGGGCUUUGGGAUCAAUCCCACGGCGGGCUCCUUUGGCAAGCUGAAUGAUAUUCUCCGCAUGUUUAGGUAAUGGAGAGGGAUUUGAAACAUGAAAAAUGAGUCUUCCGAUUGGUUCAUUUGCCACUUCAAUAUCAAAAUAAACUAAAUUGGCAGAA